UGCUGUGUUGACGAAGUUGCUGGUACACGAUUCCAAAUUGACGCUCUCGUCCACUAUGGUCGAGCGUGUUUGUCUAAACUUUCUGGCACGCUUCCGGUGCUCUUCGUAUUUGGAAACUGCGCGCCCAAGCGUGGACUGGGUUCGGAGCCCUUCCAGGUAGCAUUGAAACAGCUCGUGGAGAUCAUCACUUCAUCCAAGGCAAAAGAGUCCACCGACCCCGUCCCACUCCUGAUCACUUACGACUUCCGUCUCCGCGAUUUGGCAGUGACGUUUGUAGAUGCUUUGAUUACCUAUGAACAGACGCAGCCGAAACCGGUGAACUCUGAACAGAAGUGGCAUUCCGAACCGGUCCUACGGCGUGGUGGACGCACUUUUCAUCUGUCACGAUCGCAUUCAACAGAAACACCUCCUGCGGGACCUUGGAGUUUGGUUUACUUGGGAAGCAGUCAGGUCUGUCGAACUCAGUCCACAGAUGCUUUCACACUCUAUCGUAUUCUACUUUCCUUACCGGAAGUUACUCUGGGUCAGGCUUUCUCGGUGGAUGCAUCGACUGGUGCUGUAAAUCCGAUUCAAAACCAGAUACAGCUACUCCUUCGACGUCGGUCGUAUUUAAUUGAAAAAGCCAAAGAUGCUGAGAGAGUUGGGAUUCUGAUGGGUACAUUGUCUGUUCGUGAUUACCGACUUGCAGUGGAUCGAGUAGAACGGCUUCUUCAGCGCGCUGGUCGUUUCUACGUUACUUUAGUUGUCGGGCGAUUGAACCAGGCCAAGUUGGCCAACUUACCUGAAUUAGACUUACUCGUCCUGAUCGCUUGUCCCGAAUCCAGUCUGCUAGAUUCCCGUGACCUGCUUGUUCCCGUGAUUACCCCUUUUGAAUUGGAAUGCGCUCUGGGAAGUGGCUACUCAACUCGGUCAUGGACUGGGGAGAAAUGGUGGUUGGACUUUCGUGAUCUGCUCCCGGGUGGGGCUUGCUAUUGUUCCGAAUCUGACCUGAUUCCCGCAGUCGCAUCUGAUCCUGACGCGGAUUCCCACGCAAGUGGUGAUGUGUCAUUAAUCACCGGGAAAUUGCGUGCAUUGCCCAGGAUGAAUCCGGAGGUGAUCAGUUCGGCGGAUCAAGGCAAGGCAAACUGUCUGGUAACCCGCACCGACUGGUCACUCAUCCAGUCCGAAAUGUUGUCGUCGCGGUCUAGUCGGACGUGGUACGGAUUGGAUCCGACUUUGGGUCAGCACGAGGUAUCACACCUGAAAACCGGACGUUCCGGUGUACCUACACAGUAUGAUUCGGAACAGGCUCCCGAAUGA